CCUCUCCUCCCCUCAUCCUGCGCUCUGGUCCCUCCGCGUAUCGCUUCGGACAAACUGCGGCGGAGCGCUGGAGCACCAAAAGUUUACCAAAUCAGUUUAGCGGUACCGGGCUCGGUGUCGGAGCGGUUCGCUGUUGUUUUCCUGUCGGUGGGAGUUCGCUGUUGGUUUCCUUUCACUGACUUGUUUGCGGUUUAGCCAUGGAGACUCUUGGAGGUCUCCUCGCGCUGCUGUGCGUCGCGCUGGCUGGAGCGCAGACGCUGAACCUAAGGGAGAGGUUGGAGGAUUGUCCGGUUGACCUUUUCUUCGUGCUGGAUACAUCUGAGAGCGUCGCCCUCAGACAGAAGCCUCCCAACUAUUAUAUCGACCAGAUUAAACGAUUCACCAACGACUUCAUAGAUGAACUCAAGGAAAUGCGCCACCGAUGCGACCGCACCCUGAGGUGGAACUCGGGAGCUCUGCACUACAGUGACGAGGUCAAACUCAUCCGCGGGCUGAGCGACCUGCGGACGGAGCGCGAGGCCCUGAAGGCCGACAUCCGGGGCAUCGACUACAUCGGCAAGGGCACAUACACCGACUGCGCCAUCAAGAUGGGGCUCGGUCAGGUGAUCAUCAGGGGCUCGCACUACCACGAGAACAAGUACAUCGUGGUCGUGACUGACGGUCAUCCUCUCACGGGCUACAAAGAGCCAUGUGGCGGCGUGCAGGAGGCUGUUAACGAAGCCAAGCAAUAUGGUGUCAAAGUCUUCUCUGUCGCCAUCUCACCCGACCAGGAGGAAACCAGGCUGUCCCUCAUUGCCACAAACCCAAAGUACAGACAGAACUUCACUGCUGCAGACGACACCAGAACCUCCAAGAUCCAAACCAUUCGAACCAUCAUUAAUCUAAUCACCAACGAGACCAAGGAUACGUGUUGCUCUUACGACUGCACUGCUCCCGAUGGGUCUCCGGGACGAAAGGGAGAUAUCGGCUCUAAGGGAGAGACGGGGAGACCCGGGAUGCCAGGAGAGAAAGGAGACGAUGGCAACCCGGGAAGUAUUGGAGAUCCUGGUCCUGGUGGUUACGGUGGGAUGAAGGGAGACCGAGGUGGCAAAGGAGGAAAGGGGGAUCGAGGACACAAAGGCUACAAGGGAGAGAAAGGUCAAAGGGGAAAUGAUGGCAUCGAUGGAUCCAAGGGUGAAGAUGGUUUCGCUGGUCUUCCUGGUUGUAAAGGAUCCCCCGGAUUGAACGGCCUGCAGGGAGAUCCUGGACCAAAGGGAGACGCUGGUCCUUAUGGACUGAAAGGAGGAAAAGGAGAUCCUGGAAAAGACGGCGGACCAGGACGGCCCGGGAACAACGGCCAGCCGGGACCCGAGGGGGAGGUGGGCCGGCCCGGGAACAACGGCGACAAAGGAGAGCGCGGCGAUGACGGCCCACCUGGAGAUGACGGAAGUAACGGCGAAACCGGAGAAGUCGGAGAGAAAGGCGAGCAGGGCUCCUCUGGGAACCGAGGUCCAAGAGGAGACCCGGGGGAUCCAGGGCCGCGUGGAGAGCAGGGCAGGGAGGGCUUGACUGGCUCCAACGGUGAACCAGGCCAGGCUGGUAAACCCGGGGCGCCCGGCUACAGAGGAGACGAAGGCCCAUCUGGACCAGAAGGACCCAAAGGGCGGCGAGGAAUCAAAGGCGCUCCAGGAGACCGAGGCCAGAUAGGGGCGAGGGGAGAAAAUGGCGCGGCAGGUAAUGGGACGGCGGGUUGUCCUGGUUUCCAGGGUUAUCCUGGGUCCCGGGGACCACCCGGUGAGCCGGGUAGCCCGGGAACUCCUGGACCCAAAGGAGAUGACGGAGACCCCGGAGAACCAGGCCGCGAUAACAACCAACCAGGACCUCCAGGACCCAACGGGCCAAAAGGUCACCGAGGACCAGAAGGGAAUCCAGGACCUCCUGGGCCUCCCGGACCACAAGGAACUGAUGAAUGUGAAAUUCUGGAUAUCAUCAUGAAGCUCUGCUCCUGCUGUGAGUGCAGGUGUGCGGCGAUGGACCUGACGUUCAUUGUGGACAGCUCAGAGAGCAUCGGCGCCGCCAACUUUGCUCUCGCCAAAGAAUUCAUCAUCACGGUCGUAGACCGACUGACCAAAGACCAGCAGCUGAAGUUUGCAACGAAUGACUCCCGACUGAGUGUAGUCCAGUACAGUGGAUCGGCAGCACAAGAAGCCGUCAAGAUCUCAGCCGCCGGCCUCAUUGACUUCAAAGAGAGAGUGAGAGGACUGAACUGGCUGGCUGAGGCCACAUACACAGGCGAGGCCCUUGAUUUCUCUCUGACCAGAACAAUCAACGAAAUGGACCACGCAAACAAAGUGGUUAUCGUUCUAACGGACGGACGCUCUGAUAUCUUAAGGGACAAAGUUCCCCUCAACGUGCUCUGUGGUAAAGGUCUCCGGGUUGGGGGGGUAGGAGUGAAGGACUACGCAGGCACGGAACCCAACCGAGAGCAGAUUGGGGAACUGAUCUGUCAGAGUGACCCCAAACCAGGUUUCUACUUUGUGCGGGAAAACUUUGCUGAGCUGCUAGAAGACGCUUUCCUGCAGAACCUCACAGCUAAAAUCUGUCUCGAUAAGAAUUGCCCGGACUACAAAUGUCCCAUUUCUUUCUCUCAAAGUUCUGAUAUCAUGGUGAUGAUGGACAGCUCGGCGAGUGUUGGGAAGAACAACUUUGAGAUUACCAAGACCUUUGUCAGUCGCUUGGCCGAGCGCUUCCUGACGGCCGAGAAGGCGAGUGGGGUCGCCGUCCAAAUGGGUGUGGGCCAAUACAGCCAGAGCGCCCGCAUGGAACAGGGUCUAACCAGCGAUCUGGUCCUGCUGUCCUCUCAAACCCAGCAAGCGGCGUUCCAAAACGACGGCACAGACGUGUUGGAGGCCAUGGAUUUUGCCAUGAAGGGUUUCGGUCAGCAGGCUCAACGCGGGGACUCCGGAAGGCACCGGAAGGCGCUGGUUCUGUUCUCUGACGGCAGGUCUCAGGGGCUCACCAUGAGCUCGUUGGUGAGCCGCGUUCGUCAGGUGGCGAGCGCCAAGGUGGAUGUCUUUGUCAUCGCCGUUGGCAGCCAGGUCAAUGAGGCCAACCUGCUCGCGCUGGUGAGCAGGGGACGGCCGGACGACACCAUCUACGCCCAGCGCCACCUGUUCCGUGUCCCAGACUACAACUCUCUGCUCCGCGGGGUCUUCCACAAAAUAGUCUCCCGCCGGGUGUCCCUCCCCUGAACGCAGCGUCCCGAACAACACGACCGACGCGCUUUAGACCCUUAAUCCCAUUAUGAAUAUUCAUUCUCACUCAUUUACCAGACACUGUCUUCAAAUAUCCCAAAAAUGAUAGUAAUUUUCACAAAAAUGCAAACAAUUUUGUGACCGUCAAAAGUAGAAAAACAUGGGACUUUUUUUCCCUUAAUUGAGCUUCCAGGGCAGAUUAUAUCGGGCUGUGUACAAUUCCCACCUUCUGAGCUGAGAUCAUUGGGUUAUGACCCAAAUGAUGGUGCUAUACCAAACAAUUUUGGUGCUGGUUGUAACAGCACACAACGGGAAGGUCAAUUUCAGGGAUAAAAAUGUAACAUGUCGAAGAGACAUUGUGUAGAGCUUUUAAAGGCUGUGAGCUGAUUUGUAUUUGUCUGUACCCAUCCUGUGGCUUACUUACACCAACUAUUGUGUUAAGGGUUUAAUGUGGACUCCCUUUGUAGCUCCCACCACUUUUUCAAGAGGUGUCGGAUUUGUUGUGUCACAAUUUUACAACGUAGACCAAAACCCACUGUGGACGAAAAGGAGAAAAUUUGGCAAAUUUGGCGCUCUCGUUUGACCUUAUUAGCCUGGAAGGUUGGCGCAUGGUUGGCUAGUCCGCAUUAUUUUAGGUUUGCAAAGGUCAGUUGGAGGAGCCAUUACUUUGUCCUACCUUGGUGAAAAGUCCCCCCCGACAUCCCCCCCAAAGCUCCGUCAGAUCACCAAACUGUCUGGCAAAAGCAGAAAUGACAUCACUCACAUUUCCAACAACCCAAUCCACACUCGACACCACAGCUGGACUCAACAUGUGUCAUUCCAGCUGAGUGUGUGCGUCUGUGUGUCUGCAUGUGUGUGAGCAGCUGUAGGUGUACAUCCAUUAAAUGCAUAGCAGUGUGCGGUAGAGGUCUUUUUUUGUGUAGCAGUGGGUAAAUCGACAGGAUUCGUGCUGUGACGCCCUCACAUGCACACAGCGAAACAGUUUGUAACAUUUAUGAUCCCCCAACUGUCUCACACGUUCAGCUCGGUUGUCAUCGGUGGCCCUGAGUCACUGUGGUGUUGUGUAUUAUCUGUAGUGUUUGUCUUCGUGUAUCAGCCUCUGCCAAUAUUGUUAAAAAAGAAAGUUUACCUGAGGACACCAAAACUCAGCAGUGUUGUGAAAGCUCCUACAAUAAAGGUUGCUACACACA